CACACACUCGCUCAAUGAGCAAUCUCAAUGAGGGCGCCGUCGCUCCUCAGCUCGAGCACCAGGCAACCGCCGAGAUCCCGUUCGCAGACCUGUCCAGCCAGCAGCGCAGGGCAGCGAACGAAGCCAACGACAUUCGACAAGAGCAAGAGCAACUGCGGCUGCAGAUGAUGGAGGAAGAGCGACUGCGCCGCCUGCGCCGAGAUGUCAUCGAUGUCGGCAGCGUCUCGGACGCCAUCCCGCCUGCGUCGCGAUUCUCAUCGCUUGUCGGCGACUCGCAGAACUUGCUCAGGUCUCCGUCGAGAUACGCGCUGCUAGUGCGUGCUCUACGCGCUGUGCCAAGCACAGAUGCGCUCAUUCAGCCCUCAAGUAUGACUCUUGCACAACGAGGAAUACUCGACUCAAUCAGGUCUCUCAUACAAACAUCAAUGCAUGUCUGGACUGCCACUUCAAGCACGGAUCAAAUGUUUGUGGUUGGAUGCCGCACUCUGGAGCGCGCGGCGGAAAGCUUUCGGCAUGUUUUUGGUGAGCACCGGUGGAAUCCGUCCUUGUUGUCUUGGCUGACGAGCGCCCUUGUGGACACGUCCGACUCGCCCACCUUCAGCUGCUACGUUGACAUUCUUCGAGUACUGCGUACACGGGUGCACAAGCUUGUCGAAAGUCAACAACUCUGCUCAUUCGCCCACAGUGUGCGGUUCCCGGAAAACAACCCGGCAGUGUCGUCCGAGUUUGCUCGUGCCGCACUCGAGCGAGCUUUGGUGACGUUUGUCUCAACGCCGUUGCCCAGCGCGCCUCCCGGCACCAUCCCAGCACCGGUCCCUGAACACAAGUUUGAGUUUAAUUCAUCGCCGCUACUCGUGCUUUGUCCUGGCGAAACUGAUUGGAACCACUCGCAACUGGCAUACUGGCGAUCGCGGUUUGCCAUCCUUGGAGACGCCCAGCUCGUCGUGAUGACGAUGGGUGAUUCUCGUCACGGCAAGUACCAGCUGAAGCACAACCCAACGGCGCACAUUGUCAAUCGUCUGGCGAGCAAGAUCACCAAACUCUCGGAAGAGCACUCCCAUCGGCCGAUUGUGCUCAUCGGCAAGGGCGUCGGAGGUCGCAUUGCGUGCGAGGUGUCUGCGACAACACCCGUGGCCGGAGUGGUCUGCUUGGGAUUUCCUCUGCUCGGCUUGCACGGGAUUUCACUGGAAGAUUCUCUGCUCCAAACCAAAAUCCCAGUGUUGUUUGUGAUAGGGUCGCGUGCAUCGGCUACUCCGUUGCCCUUGAUGGAAAAGGUGCGCCGCCAAAUGCGAGCCCGCAAUGUCGUUGCGAUUAUUGACGGUGCCGCAGAUUCGCUGCGCGUCACGCCGUUCUCGUUGCGUUCUGGCAGCACCAACCAACCACCAUUCACGGCCACCCCCGUUCAAGAAGCUGUCGAUGAUCGUAUCAUUCAAGCAAUCGGUGGCUUUAUCCAGAGCGUCGUCAACCGCCCUAAACAGCGCGUCCUUGCGUUCUCUACGCCGCAGGCAUCUCAACAGCAACAGCAGCAGGGCAUUCAGCAGCAACAGCAGCAGGGCAUUCAGCAGCAACAGCAGCAGCCUCAGCCGCCGCCGCCCCAGGCACAGCAGCUGCAGCACCAACAACUGCAGCAGCCCCAACAACGACAAUCUGACGAAGCACAAGCCUCAGCAUUGCCACCGUCGAUCGCAGUACCAACUCCCAGCUAUGUGAUGCGAUCUCCGGUCGCUACUGUUGCUGCAGCGGCUUCAGCAUCCAUCCCGAAUCUCCAUUCCCCAGUCUCGCACAGUGCUAAACACGCGUCUGGUCUCGGCAAUGGGCUGCCUGUGGACUCUAGCGUCGCAGCAGACUUGUCGACGCACACCAACCAAAACCACAACGAGUCGGGUGUGGCCCGUCACCAUUCGCAUCAUCCUCAUGUUCCAGACGCUUCUCCAGCGGCGCUGGCAUCAGCCAUGGAUACUGCUGAUGGCAUCCGGCCCGCUCGAAGCGAGGCGCACUCCUCAGCGGAAGGGCUACAUCAACACGCUGGGAGCAUUCGGUCUGCUAGCAGCCCCUUUUCCACUCCAGUGAAGCUGUCUGACCAAAUGUCUGGUACAUCCCUUGCAACCGGUGAAAAAACGAGUCCAAGCUCCACCCUCGCUGCCGGUGCCUUGCACAUGGGCCUUCGUCCAGCCGACUCACCGACGAGCGGAAGUCAAAAGCUUCUGUCUUCAUCUGUUUUGGCGACCUCUUUGCUUCGCGGCGCAAGUUCUCCGUCCACGUCGCGCAGUCACUCACCCGAGCCACGAACUUCAAACCGCACGAGUCUGUUCUCCAAUGUAUCAUCGUCGGAGCCGGAGACAAAGUCUUCCGACGGCACUUCUGCGCCAAUGGACAUGUCAUAGCCUCAGAAAAAGCCUCGAUGAGUUUGUGUCUCAGAGUUUUCGCGUACUCGGUGUUUUGCAAGACUAAUGUAAAAAUAUUUGUCGCUUUUGCAGAGAGCAGUUUCUUUCAAAUUAAAUGGAAUUGUUUUUGGGA